CAGCGAAACGAUGGCGGCUCGUACUGCUCUACCGUAUUGGCUUGAAACUGUCCUGAGCGGUGAGAAAUUGUACGCGUUUUCUUUUUAGCUUUCUCCAAAAAGCUCCCUGAAAAAAAGAGGAAACCACAUACGGAUCUUAAUGUUGCAGCAGAGAGAAAAGUCGGACUUCUCUUGGCAUUUGUUCGACACUCCAGCAGUAUAUUUAGCCAGUUGGUUUGACCAUCAUCUUAACUAACGAGCAUUUGAAGUCCUCACAGAGAGCUGGACAUAAAACUACCUCUCCAAAGAUAAAGACUCUCACCAAGUGAUAUUUAAUGUUCGCACUUUGUUUAAAUCGAUGUACUUUUCCGCCCUUUGUACGUUUAUUUUUAACCAUAUGAAGCCGCGUGAGGGGUAAACAGGACGCUGCGGGGUUUGAACUUGUGAAUGGUUGUCAGGAUCUUAUUUCCACAGGUGUGUUGUUCUCACUCUUCUUGUAUUGAUCUCUUCGGCGGUGUAAAGCACACCUCACAGACUCUGGUGUUAUGGUUGACAUGAUAAAGACGCGCCAGUGUCUGCUUGGUGUACGGACUUUCCUCGGCGUGACGUCCAGAAUAUGGAGCUUCUUCUUAUACAUCCUUAGGAAGCACAUCAGAACGGUAAUCCAGUAUCAAACAGUGCGAUAUGACAUUUUACCAUUGUCACCCAUUUCCAGAAACAGACUCAACACCGUGAAGAGAAAGAUCCUAGUUUUAGAUCUUGACGAGACAUUGAUACACUCGCAUCACGAUGGAGUCCUCAGACCAACAGUGCGACCUGGCACGCCACCAGACUUCAUCCUAAAAGUGGUAAUUGACAAACACCCAGUCAGAUUCUUUGUACAUAAAAGGCCGCAUGUUGACUUCUUCUUGGAGGUGGUCAGUCAGUGGUAUGAGUUAGUAGUGUUCACUGCUAGUAUGGAGAUCUAUGGCUCUGCAGUAGCUGAUAAGCUGGACAACAACAAGGGAAUCCUGAAAAGAAGAUACUACAGACAGCAUUGUACACUGGACUCAGGUAGUUAUAUUAAAGACCUUUCUGUUGUACACGAAGACUUAUCAAGUGUAGUCAUACUUGACAACUCGCCAGGGGCAUAUCGAAGUCAUCCAGAUAAUGCAAUACCUAUAAAGUCGUGGUUUAGUGACCCCAGUGACACAGCACUUCUUAACUUGCUGCCCAUGCUGGAUGCUCUAAGAUUCACAGCAGAUGUGCGAUCCGUCCUAAGCCGAAAUCUCCACCAGCAUCGACUCUGGUGAUCAUGCGACCGAGGGCUUUCUUCAAACCCACCUUAUUUUUUCAGCUGCUUCCCCAUUUGACAUCUGUCUGUCCAUUAACCCUCAACUCUGACUCGUCAUCUCCCAACUACACCCUUGCUAAAGGGCAAUCCAGAAGGAGAGUCAAUUGUGAACACAAAACCAAAAGGGUGAUGGAAAAAUCAAACUUUUGGAAUCUUUGGGGGUCAACUGUUUUCCCCCCUCUUCUUCAUAAGAGUCUCUGCCUUACAGUUCUAACUGUGCUGAUUAUAUGUGUGAGUUAUGAUUGUGGUAUAUGUAUGAGGAUGCCUGCUGCUUUUAUUUUUAAAUAUUUGAAGAUACGAAGUGGCUGGAUACUGAAGCAAGGAAAACUGACCUUUUCAUGAUUGCUCCUUCAGUCCCAGCUUUGGACAUCAUACCUCACUUCUAAAGGUGGCACAAACAGAGAUCUGGUAAACAGACUGGCUUGUGAAGACCAUCUGAAUUGGCCAUUGACACUCUGCACAUCUAAUAGAGCUCACUGGAAUAACUAUUGAUGACACGGAUUCUGACUGCUCAGUAGGUUUCAGGGUUAUCGUGGUAAAGUUUUAUAUGUUAUUGAGGUACUGUCUUGGGAAAACUUGGGUUUUAAUGACGAAUGUAUGGUAGACCUAUACAUAUUUGGAUGUGGGGGGAAAACAUCGGACUUUUUUUCUUCAUAUUCUGCAGCAAAUUUUAUUCUUGUCAAUUUUCAUCUUUUGUUCUUGACAGUAAAUGUAUUUGAAUCAUGAUUAUCAGGGAAGAUACUGUAUAAUAUGUGCUUUUGAGAAGCUGAACGACAGAUUUUAAGCCUUUCUGCUCUAAUUCUCUACAGAAUGUAUUUGGUUGAUUGAUGAAAUCCUACCACUUGGAAGCCUUUUUACAAAUGUUUUUGUUCUCUUUCCUGAUAAUAUAUUAAUGACAAGACUUGAAUUUAUAAAACUUGCACUUCAUUGUAUUGGAGAGCUGGCUGAGCACACAAAACUCAAGGCCUUGUUGGUAUCUCUGUGCUCCUAUCAGAUAAUGUCAUUUCUAUUCCAUCAAUUUAGCACUCUCUAGGCAGCUUCCUGGGACUCAAGUACAUAGACCUGUCCCAGGAACGUGCCACUAUCACAAAUACUGCACUCCAUUUAUUUUACUAAUAUAUAUUUUAUCUUAUUUCAGUGUUCCCACAGUCAUAUAAAAAAAAAAAAAAAAAAAACUGGAAAUGUCAAGGGAUUUUAAAAUUGAUUUCCUGUCCAGGACAAAGUAAUGGAAACUUCAACAGGGAAUAAUGUAUAAAGGUCUAAAAUAUUACAUUGGCCAGAUAAUGCUUUUUUUUUUUUUUUUUUUUUAAGAGUAAAACCUGCUGCAAGCCACCAUGAUAACAUUGCUCUGGUUGCUCAGCCUGAUCAGGCUGGUCAUUUGAGUGAUUUUAGAGGGGUUUUGGGCACUUUUUAGCGGGUCAGGCUGUGGGACCAUCUUAAAGGAAUAGUUCAGCCAAAAAUGAAAUUUCUCUAAUAUUUUACUCACCUUCAUUCCUUCCCAGAAGUGUAUGACUUACUUUCUUCUGCAGA